UUCCUCUCUCUCUCCCUCGCUCAAGUUUAAUGUUUAACUGCCCUGCCCUCGUACGGGAGGGAGGAAAUCAGUGUACUGCUGUCUGGGACUUUCAGCCGAGCACUGACGCCAAACGCAUUUGAACCGGUGAAACGAGGGUCGACGGGCGUGGAGUGGAGAACCGGGCCUCGCACAACGGACUUCAAGCUGAACCAACCGCUCACAUUUUCUUGGAAAUAGCAUACUUUAACCCCCCACACACCCCCUCUCACUGAGGGAGGGGACUGAUUGAACAGAAGUAUUUAUGGGAACUUCAGGAUCUCCGGCUCACCAGAGACACAACCGCGAGGACCGGUGAUAAUUUUGGACAAAUAUCAAAUGUAUUUUUGAUCCGGAGGUACCUGAGGAUCCUGGCUCGCCCCGCCGGGCCCCUGAUCGCUGACUGCCGCACCUCCAGAGCUGAUAAGGAGUCCAUAGUGUAGGAACAGCUCGGGGGCGCCAUGAACAUUGAGCCGGAGGUGGCUGAGGAGAAGAACUGGCGGGACCUAGAGGCCAGCUACUCCGUCAAAGUCUUCCUGACCAUCCUCUACGUCCUCAUCCUGGUGACGGGCAUUGUGGGUAAUGCAGUCACCAUCCGGGUAACGCAGGUGCUCCUGCAGAACGGAUACCUGCACAAGAACGUGACGGACCACAUGGUGAGUCUGGCCUGCUCGGACCUGCUGGUGCUGAUCAUCGGCAUGCCGGUGGAGCUGUACAGCGCCAUCUGGUUCCCCUUCAGCUCCACGUCCGGGAACGUCAACUGCAAGAUGUACAACUUCCUGUUCGAGGCCUGCAGCUACGCCACCAUCCUGAACGUGGCCACCAUGAGCUUCGAGCGCUACAUGGCCAUCUGCCACCCGUUCCGCUUCAAGAGGCUGGCCGGGAAGCACACCUCCACCCUGAUCGCCUUCGCCUGGCUCACCUCGGUGGUGGUGGCGCUGCCCAUGCUGUUCACCACGGGCACCCAGGGCCACAUCCCCAGCGCCCGCAGCGUCCCCGACCAGAACGUCACCUUCUGCACCAACCUGCGGGAGCGCUGGGUCAUGUACCAGGUCAGCAUCUCCGGGGCCUUCGUGGUGUACAUGGUGGUGCUGUCGGGCGUGGCCGUGAUGUGCUGGGCCAUGGUCCUGGUGCUGCGGGGGCCCAUGGGGUCGGCGGCCGGAGGGGUCAACGGGUCGACGGAGGCCUCGCCCAAGCAUGAAAGUUCAAGGGUCAAGACGGCCAGGAAGCAGACCAUCAUUUUUCUAGGUCUGAUCGUGGGGGCUCUGACGGUGUGCUGGAUGCCCAACCAGGUGCGUCGGCUGAUGGGGGCGGCGUUGCCCAAGGCGUCCUGGACGCGGGCGUACUUCCAGAGCUACGUCACCCUUCAGCCCGUGGCCGACACCUUCUUCUACCUAAGCUCCGUGCUGAACCCCCUGCUCUACAACUUGUCCUCUCGGCAGUUCCGUGAGGUCUUCGUCCAGGUUCUGCGCUGCCGCCUCCGCAUCGAACACGUCAACAAGCGCACCGUGCGGACCGCCGCGCCCGCCGCCGAGGUGUCCACGCGCUCCCGCAGACCGCUGUUGUCGCUACCACGCGGCGGCCGGAAGGAGCGCUCCACCGGCGCCCCCGGGAAGACCAGGGACGGCCCUCUGCGGUUCCUCAUCUUCAAGACCAACAGCGGCUCAGCACACCCAUCCGCAGCCAAGGACACGGUUCCCACGGAGACGGAGAUAUGAGGGGGGGUCGGGGCGGGGUGUUUCUCUUGUACGCUAGGAGUGUUUUUAUACAGACUCUUUACACAAAGGAAACACAAUACUCAAGUGUUAAGCAAGGGGUAACACUAUCAGCAGGUCGACGCAACAAACACUAGACCCAAACAACACUGUUUCCAACAAAAUAUUCUAACAGUAAUGUAUAUUUAUAUAUAAAUUAGAAAUGAUAUAUCAUAUAAUAUAUAUAUAUAUUCAAUAAAUUAAUCAUUUUAUAUCUAUCUAUAGAAAUAUUUAUAUACAUCUAUAGAAAUAGAUAGGUCUAUCUAUAGAUAGAUAGGUCUAUCUAUAGAUAGAUAGACCGAUAUAUAGAUAUAGUUAUACACUCAAUUAGAAAUAAAGACAAAUAUCUCAAUCCAAGGAGUCAUCUAACUUCAUGCUGGCUGACAUAAUCCACCUCUUGGGAGUUUCAUAAAGGGUAGAACAUUCUGCAGCUUGUCUCCUGUUAGGGUGAUCUGUUGUCCAAAAGAUGAAGGAUGUGUUGAUGGCUAGCUACCAGGGGGAUCGAGCCAGCUUCACAACUCUGUCUCAUGUCAAAUCUGCAAAUGGAAACAAAGCCAGAGGUGGCAUGUCUUCCACGGGAUCAGGUUCAUAGUGAUUGUUUCCAUCAGUCUCCCUCCAGCAGCAGGAGCCUGAGGUCCACUCAGGGGGGAUCCAGUCGAACACAAGGCUCAGGUGUCCCCCCACGUGUCCCCCAUUUCACGCCCCUCCACCAGCCUGUCCCCUCACCUCAGUACCGGAGAGCCCCCUGGCUCCGUCCUAGAGCCCCUGAACCUCUCUGUCACUGGACCUGGCGGAGAGACGGCAGGGAGCCCCCACCACACACUGCUCGCCUGUAACCCCUUUGGAACAACCUUUUUGAUUUAAUAUAGCAACGAAAUAACAUUCAUGCCUUCAUAGAAACCUUCCCCGAGGUUAUUAACAUAAAGGAGGAGGAGGAGGAGGAGG